CCCUGUGGUGGCCAGAGCAGCCUUAUUUCUGGAAUGUGCCCGUUUUGUUCACCGCUGCAACCGUGGCAACUGGCCUGAGUGGAUGAAAGGACAUCACGUGAACAUCACCAAGAAAGGUCUUUCCCGGGGACGCUCUCCCAUCGUGGGCAACAAGCGAAAUCAGAAACUGCAGUGGAAUGCGGCCAAACUCUUCUACCAAUGGGGGAGACGCGAUUGGUGUUCGAUUGAACGAGCUGUGCCACGGAGAGAGUGAGAGCCCGGCCAACCUGCUGGGCCUCAUUUACGAUGAGGAGACCAAGAGGAGACUGAGAAAGGAGGAUGAGGAGGAAGACUUUUUAGAUGACAGUACUGUGAACCCCUCUAAGUGUGGUUGCCCCUUUGCCUUGAAGAUGGCAGCAUGCCAGCUUCUCCUGGAGAUCACCACCUUCCUGCGAGAGACCUUUUCCUGUCUACCCAGACCUCGCACCGAGCCUCUGGUG